AUGGAGAUUGACCAACUGGAACCCAUCCAUCAAGCAGAUUCAUCCACUGUCGAUGCCGUCGAUGCACAACCAAGCCCGCCUUCUCUUACCCAAGGUUUAGAGGCUCUGUUGGGUGGUUUAGAUCCUUUACCUGACGAGACAGAUUCUGCUGCAGACCAGAAUGUGGAGAUGCAAGACAGCGAGGAACAGGCGCAGCAACCGGAGAAUGUAGAGUGGGAGGAGGACUCUUCUCCAUACGCGUCGUCUUCAGAUUCUAGCAGUUCGGAUGAUUCAGACGACGAUGAUGACUCGGAUGACGGCCAGCCGCUUCUCAACCCCGAAGAAAUGGCUCGCAUACUUAUGGAAGCUGGGUCUGAUGACGAAGGUGAAGGCAAAGCUAAGGAUUCUGGCGCCGGCUGUCAACUUCGGACCAAGAAUGAGCAGGCAGAGGAGGUCAUCCCAAAGCCCGACGUCACCAUCACGCCCGAGAUGAAGGUCGAGGAGCUGGGCAACAUUGAGCACAUCGUCGACAAUACUGUUGUCAUCAAGGCGAACACGACAGGUGAGUACAGAGUACUGGACGCGGGAUCGGUUUUGUGCAACAAAGAGAGGACCGUCAUUGCAGCCAUCGCCGACCUGAUAGGGAGUGUACGGGAGCCUCGCUACAUUGCGCGGUUCACCAACGAGGAAGAGAUGAAGGCUUUCAAUCUCAGUAUGGACACCACCAUCUACUACGCGCCUGACCAUGCC